CAAAAACCAGGAAGUAGUAGUCAGUACGUGGCCUUUUCAUCUGGAACAGCGCUGAGUGAAACUUUCUUCUUUACAGAAUGGAGCUCGAGGCCAUGACCAGAUACACCAGUCCGGUGAACCCUGCGGUGUUCCCUCACCUCACAGUGGUCCUGCUGGCCAUCGGGAUGUUCUUCACCGCCUGGUUCUUCGUUUAUGAGGUGACGUCAACAAAAUACACGAGGGACGUCUACAAGGAGCUGCUGAUCUCCCUCGUGGCCUCACUUUUUAUGGGCUUCGGCGUGCUUUUCUUACUGCUGUGGGUUGGCAUCUACGUAUGAGGGUAACUAAAUUCAAAAAAUGACACAUUCCAGCAGAAUAAAGGACAUCACAGACAACACGUACAGGAUUUUGGAUUUAAUCAUAUGGCACUGACAAUAUUUGGAAUCAUAUGGACUCUGGCUAUUGUUUCACAAGUAAAUGGGAUUUGUACUA